AUGAAGUCUGUCAUCUACCUCGGUGUUGGCCUUCUGUCCGGUGCCAUGGCUCAGAGCCUCGCUGGCUGUGCUAGCACCUGCAUCCAGAACAUGCAAAGCCUUGCCGCCAAUCUUGGUUGCGCUGCUGACGAUACCGCCUGUCUCUGCCGCAACCCUGACUUCACCUAUGGCGUCCGCGACUGCUCUUUCCAGUCCUGCCAGCAAUCUGGUGACGCCCAGCAGGCUGUUGCCGCCGGCAUUGAGCUUUGCCGCCAGGCUGGUGUUGCCGUUGAGGCCACCCCCGGUGUCACUGUCAUUCAGCCCACUGGCUCUGUGACCGCCACAGCCGCCCCCGUUGUCUCUUCGAUCUUCUCUGUCAUCACCUCUGGUGGCAGCACCCUCACCACCCUUGUUGGUGAGACCACCAUCACCCCCCCUGUCUCUAGCGGCAGUGAGGUUGCGACUCCCAGCCCGGUCACUACCUCGACCUUCACUACUGUCAUCACCAGUGACGGAUCUACCAUCACUUCUGUUGGCGAGACCACCAUCUUGGGUGUUGCUGGUGUCCCUGUCACUACCGCUCCGAUUGUUAGCACCAUCACCGAUGGUGACACUGUUGUUACCUCCACCAUUGGCAUGACCACCAUCCUGUCCACUCCCACUGGCUCCGACGCCUCCAGCGCCGUUUCCAGUCAGGCCAGCGAUGCCUCGGAGGCUUCUACCGCUACUCUCACGGAGACCCAGACCGAGGGUGCCACUGCGACCGAGAGUGGCCAGGCCACCAGCGCCUCUGAGACCGGCAACGCUGCCAAACAGACUGCUGUCCCGGUUGCUGGCUUCUUGGCCGCUGCUGGCUUUGCAGCCAUGCUCAUCUAA